AUGCCUAGGCGUGCUGGUUGCGCUCUAUCUAUGAGGAGCUCAGAACCUGCAUUCCUACAACCUUGGAGCCCAAAACCUGAGUUCCUACAAGUUGGGAACCUAGAACCUGAGUUCCCACAACCCCUGAACCUAGAACCUGAGUUCUCACAAGUAGUGAAUGAAGAACCUGAGCUCCUACAACUUCGGAACCUGGAACCUGGGUUCCCACAACAAGGGAACCUGGAACCUGGGUUCCCACAACAAGGGAACCUAGAACCUGAGUUCCCACAACAAGGGAACCUAGAACCUGAGUUCCCACAAGUAGGGAUUGAAGAACCUGAGCUCCUACAACUUGGGAACCUAGAACCUGAGAUCCCACAACAAGGGAUUGAAGAACCUGGGCUCCUGCAACUUGGGAACCUAGAACCUGGGUUCCUACAACUUGGGAGCCUAGAACCUGGGUUCCUACAACUUGGGAGCCCACAGCCUGAGAGUUCUAAACCUGAGAGUGCACCGACGGGACCACCUAAGAGAUAUCGGGAGGGUCAACUGAAGAAAGCAAUCCACAGUGAUAGUUGGAGUUUGUGCUGGUUGGAAGAAUUAGAUUUAAGUUACUGCAACCUAAAGGAAGGAGGCAUCGCCAGGGAAGUUUUCCAUCUACCACCACUGCAAGUGUUAAAUCUAAGCGGGAACAAUUUUUGUAAGAUACCUCCCAACAUUGGUAAGUGCUCUAAGCUCAGAAUCCUUAAGAUGAGUCACUGCAAGUUGCUUCUAGAAAUUCCAGAACUUCCAUCAAGUCUGCGGGAAAUAGAUGCACAUGGUUGUCCAUUAUUAUUGCCGCUGCAGAGGCAGACCCAGUUAUUGCACUCCCUCCUCAAUUGCUUCAAAUCAGAUAUCCAGGAUUUUGAAUGUGGGUUUGGAUCAUCUGAUCGAUUUAUGCCAGGUUCCCUAUAUGAUGGCAAGGGGAUUAGUCUUUUUAUUGAUGGAAGUAGUGGAUUUCCAGAGUGGAUAAAGCAUCAAAAUAUGGGAAAUGAAGUAGUAAUACAGCUUCCUCUCAAUUGGUACGAGGAUAAUGAUUUACUUGGAUUUUCUUUGUUCUCUUUUCACGUUCCAGUUAAUGGAUUUGAGGAGAAAGCUGAGGGUGAGGAUCCAUCCCCUUGUAGUUUAAAAUGUGAACUGGAUUUCCUUGGUGGGCAAUUUGGAAUUGUGGAUGAUCUCUUUUUGGACUCUUUUUGUGGAUGCUACAAUAAUGGUGGUGUAUCAGAUCGAGUGUGGGUGACUUACUAUCCUAAGGUUGCUGUUAAGGGGAUGUAUCAUUCAAAUAACUACAGAAUCUUGAAGGCUUCAUUUUGUGGUACACAUUUCAAAGUGGAAAAGUGUGGCAUUAAUCUUAUAUAUGCCACAGAUGAUGGAUUGAACCAUCCCACAAUGUUCAGGGAUCCUCCUGGGUAUUUUGGUGACAAUGGAUCUUCAGCAGAAAGUACCAUUCAUAAUAUUAAGAGCAGGAGUGAUGAUGCAGAACAGAACUCAGCAAAGGAGCAUUCCCACAAAAAUUUGAGAAGAUCAAGCACAGAUCCCAAUCUUUCAUCACAGCUGCAUCAGCAAAGCGCUGUUUAUUGCGGCGCAUGGCGUGGGGCUUUGGAAAGGAAUAAGGAUGGACUGGGAGUUGGUGGACACACGGAUUUCCUUCAGUGUUGGCAAUGGAAGGAGGGUGAGAUUUUGGAGGGAUAG